GUCUGGGGCGACUUCUUCAUUAGCUAUGAGCCACACCCGCUGCAGAGAUCUGAGGAAUGGAUGAAGGUAAGAGCCCUAAAGUUGAAGGAGGAGGUCCUGAAGUUGUUCACGAGUUGCAACGGGGUGGUGGGGAAAAUGUUAUUAGUGGAUGCACUCCAGCAUCUUGGAAUAGAUCACAACUUUGAAUCACAGAUCGACGGUGUGUUAAGUGAAAUCCUUAACAGUGAAUUUAGUAACUCCAGUCUCCAUGAGGUUGCUCUUAGGUUUCGGUUGCUUAGGGAGCAUGGACAUUGGGUAUCUCCAGAUGUCUUCAAAAAAUUCAAAGACGAAGAUGGAAACUUCAAAUUGAAUACAACUAAUGAACCAAGGGGACUAUUAAGUUUGUAUAAUGCAGCACAUCUUCUAAUCCAUGGUGAGCCAGCACUAGAAGAAGCCAUAACUUUUGCAGGAAAUCAUCUUGAAUCAAUGAUGGGGAGUCUCAAGUCACCGUUAGCUGAGCAAGUCAAACGGUCUCUCCAUUUGCCACUGCCAAGGACGUAUAGGAGGGUGGAAGCGGUCCAUUAUAUUUCUGAGUACCAUGAAGAGGAUGGGCACAACGCAAUCCUAUUGGAGCUGGCAAAACUGGACUUCAACCUUCUGCAACAUGUCCACCUAAAUGAGCUCAAAGCUAUGACCGAGUGGUGGAAAGAGCUUUCUGGAUCUAUCGAGCUAAGUUACGUCCGGGACCGUGUGGUGGAGAACUAUUUUUGGUCAUUUGCGGCGCACCAUGAGGAAUGUUUUGGGCUCGCGCGGAUGAUAUUUGCAAAAAUUAAUGUGCUACUUACCAUCAUGGAUGACACAUAUGAUGAGCAUGCCACCAUAGAGGAAUGUCGAAUGCUAAAUGAAGCCGCACAAAGAUGGGACGAGAGCGCCAUUUCUCUUCUACCAGAGUACUUGAAAAGGUUUUAUACUGAACUACUAAGGAACAUUAAGGAGAUGGGUGAUGAAAUGGCGAUCACUGGCAACUACGAAAUUGCCUACAUCAAGAAACAGCUCCAAAAACAGUUUAGUUAUUAUCUUCAAGAAGCCGAAUGGGCAUACCAGAAUCACAAACCAAGCUUUGACGAUAAAGUGAAACUCGGUGUCAUGACUGUAGCCGUGCCCACGAUAUCUGUGUGUGGCCUAGUAGCCAUGGGUGAUGCAAUGCCAAAGGAAGUAAUCGAGUGGGUUUUUGGUGUUCCUGAUGCCGUCAUAGCAGGCGGAAAGAUUUACCGUCUCAUGAAUGACAUUUCUGCAUUUACUCGCGGCAAGAGCAAGGGAGACGCGCCAACCUCCGUGGAGUGUUACAUGAGCGAGCAUGGGGUCACAAGUGAGGUUGCCAUUUCCAAGAUCGAGUCAGUGAUAGAAGAUGGAUGGAGAAGCCUCAACCAAGCACGCUUUGGAAAUCGUGUAUUACUUCCAGCAGUGCAGCGGAUUAUCAACUUUGCUCUUAGCUCGCCGUUGUACUAUGGUGGGGGGCAUGAUGCAUUCAGAUCCAGCUCGCGUCUUCGCAAGACUAUGGAGACCUUGUUUGUCAAACCCAUUCCUAUCUAG